AAAUUAGUUCAUAAUAUAUGUGUAGUUAGUUCACUAAUGAGUACAUAUGACGUGGUCGCAUUCCUUAAUUCCAUUUCAUUUCUAUUAAUGGAUUACUUAUCGCUAUCCUUCUAUAUUUGCGUGGCACCUUGUCGAAUAGCGAAGUGAAAUUUAGUUAGCUCCUGUGCCGGUGGAAUUACUCCUCCCGUCGCUACACCUACGGUCUAAGCUCAAUUAAAUAGGCCUACAGGUGCAAUCGUAGGCCCCCUACUGCGAGAUUACGAAUUGAAAACCUAUAAAGUAGGGUACGAUGCCUUUAAAAUUCAAAUUGCCUUUUCCGAACACCAUGAUUGUGCGUCAUAAAAACAUGAUUUACAAAGCGAAGAUUGUGUUCCGUGGACCGCAACAGGACAGUUUGAGGAAGAUUUCUCAGAAUGAUAUUCAGUCGGAAAUGGAGGUUGCAGUGCGAGCUGCUCUUCAUAUGAAGGAAGAUAUGUAUCCCUUCAGAACGGAUCACUUUGUCAUCUACCCAUAUAGUAAGAAGUGGAGACUUGCCCAAGAGAUAGUGUUUCUGCAUCACAAGAAGAUGUUACAGACUUACCAUAGAGUCAUAAUUAUCAAUGUGGAAGUCAUUUCUCAGCAAGAGGGGAGCAACACAAUUCAAGAUACCAUCAUCCCAGCUGAAACAUGCAAGGAUGUCAAUGAACAUUUACAGUUCAAGAAAGAUGUGGUAUUUAAAAUACCUGGCUGCCUCGUGCAGAGACGUAAGCGAGAGGAAACCUUGCCUAAGAAGCAAUCAUUACACCAGCAUAAGUUUUACAGAAAGAGAAGAAAACCUAUGAACAACGUAGAUAUUCUUGACAAUCCAGAUUUGUUUAAGGAUAGGCCGUUAUCGAAGGAUAGGCAACAACACCAGGCAGAUAGCAGCUUCAUUGAAUCUGACUCAGAUAUAGGGAGCCAGCUGUCAGUAAUGGAUCUGAUUAUCAAGGCAGCUUCGAAACAACCUCGCCCGAUAUUAGACACACCUGGAAGCAUAUCCUCUACAUUUCAUGUCACCGAAUUUCCAAGGAAUCAGGAAGAUGAGACUGACAGCGAUGUAGCCAGUCUGAUGUCGGCUACCAACAUGCGGCUCAUGGAGGCUGUGAGAAAUAAAACACGUGUUCUUUCAAAUGGAAAUUGCUCUGACAAAACUCCCAGUUGCAGAGCAGUGCAAGAACAUUGUCUAGCAGAGAAAGCUACCAAGGGCAUUUACGAAAAUCUGUCUCAUGAAACAGGUUGUGUGCCUGGUGCUGUGUGCUCACCUGUUUCAGUGAAUACUGUCAGAAGCCAUAGUAGUGAGUUGCCAGCCCAGUCAGUCUCUGUAGCAUCAUAUCCUACAAAGAACGAUGGUGGUAAAUUGCCAGUACAACCAAACGUAGCUACGGCAAAGACUGCCAAUGUUGGACAAGUCCCCUUCUCAGUGUACGCUACUAGAAACUAUGUCGACCAAUUGCCAGUGUGGCCAACUGUUCCUACAAUGGAGACUGCCAAUGAAUAUGUCAGUCGGUUGCCAGUGCAGCCUGUCCCUGUAUCAGUAGAGACUGCCAGCAGCUCUCAUGGUCAACUAUCAGUUAAACCAUUCCUUACUUCAGUUUCUCAUUGCAGUAUCAAUAAUGGUCAAUUACCAGUCCAGCCAAUUUCCGAGGCAAUGGAGGCUGCCUUAUGCUGUAGUAGGCAAUUUCCAGCUUGGCCAGUUGCUGAGGCAGUGGAAGAAGCCAAACGCAGUGGUAGGCAGCUGCCAGUGAAGCCAGUACCUGUAUCAGUUAGCACUUUUAUGAACUAUGUUGGUCAGUUGCCGGUCGAGCCAGGCUCUGCAUCAGUGGAUAUUGCUAGGAGCUAUAGUGAGCCAAUACCAGUCCAGCCAGCUGUUACAACUAUGACAACUGCCAGCAACAAUAGUGGUCAACCGCCAGUCCAGGCGGCACCUGUCACACUCCAGGCGCAUGGAAACUAUGGUGACCAAUCACAAUUUCAUCCGACUUCAAUGGAGACUGACAGUAAUUGUUUCGGUCAGCUUCCACAAGCUGCUGUCACAAUGGAAACUGCCAGGCACUAUAGUGACCAGCUGCUAGUCCACCCAGCACCUGUUUCAAUAUACCCUGUCAGGUGCUAUAGAAGUCAGAUACCAGCACCUGCCUUAGGGGGAUGUGUCACAAGCUAUCACAGUACAGGUCCAGCGCAAACAAAUGCUGCCUCACUGGAGGUUGCUUGGCAAUGCCAUGAUAGUCUCGUACCCUGUGCACCAGUACCUGUCUCAGCAGUGGCGCCUAAUGGCGAAAGUGGACUCCUGUCUUACCAGCAAGCGUUGGUUUAUCCAGAUUCAAGUGAUCGUAGGUUAAUGCUGUCGCCUAACUCUAGUUCUACAUGUCCACUGAACACAGCUGCAAUUGCUGGCAGCGCUUCAUGCCAUCAGCAAGCAGGGGAAAAUGGACGGGGAACUAUUCCGCAGAGCAAUAACCUGCCGCAUUUAGUUGACCCAUUAGUCACUACUUGUUUACCUGCUGCGCCUACUAUGCCUGAGGCCCUUCCACCUUUUCAAUGCAUACCAUCCCUUCAUUCUCCAACGUUGCCAGUCAGUCAUGGGCCCAUGACCGGCCACGUGCCUCCCGUAUCCAUGUCACGCGAAGAAGAAGAGGCGAGGAAAAGGUGCAGCCAACAGCGGCCACCUAGCACAGGUCACGUCAGCAUAGCUUCCGUGUGGCCCUUGGUAGCGGAGCCGAUGCCGUCUUUGAAGUGUUCUUCUUGCAACAGCUUGCAUGUCGACCCUGAGGCAUCCACUGAUGUUGAAGCUCUGCAAAAAUCGAAGUCUUCCACCAGCAGUCAAGCAUCUUCAUUGGCGCAUUCUUUAGUGGCCUCAGAAAUCUCUGAGGAGCCUGCGCACCUAUUUGACACAGCAGAUGCCUGUCAGAAAGACGUCUCUCCGGGUAUACCCACUGAUAAAUCAGGAGACACAACUGUCCAUGGUUCACAGGACUCGACAGCAAGCUAUUACAACGUUGAAAUGGUAAAGAUUAGGAACCAGAGAGAGCAGACAUCGCCCUACCUAUACCCAGAAGGCUUUGAUGAUGACCUAGAGAAUCCAAUGUAUGGUGCUGUAACACACUCUGAAGAUGAGGAAACCUCAUAUGGAGAUGAUGAAGGUGUUGGCUACGAUGAGGUGCGGGUCGGACGACGCCAGAGGCGCACCUCUCAUUCUCUGCUGACUGCCAUAGUCGACUACUUUGUACGGUGACGUCGGUGAGGGGAUGUUUGCACUCAUAAUCAUCAUGGACACCAGCACUUUACUUACUACAAGUACUCUAGUAAGUACGAAGAUUAAAUAUGGAAUGUGCCCCAUUAUGUAUGUUAGGCCUACACUAUGUAAUAGAUAGCAUCCGUUUCAUAUUUUGUCUCUUAGAACUUAUAAGUUAAAUUUCUCAUAGUAAAUACUUUGACAAUUUCUUGAAAAAAAAAAACUGAUCAAAUUUCGUGGUACUGUAAUAAUGUUGAAUAAAGUUUGUAGCUAUUA